AUGGAUUGCUCUGUGAAAGUUGCCGUGCGUGUUCGGCCUUUGAACGAGAGGUAGGUUGAAAAUGAUAUAUACUUUUCACGCUUGUUUUGAAGGAAUGAUAGUUUGUAGAUCAUUGAUCAUUGCUUCUUUAUCUUACACAUGUAUUUUGGUUUGUUUUGACAGAGAGAAAGGCUCAAACUCGAAUGUUAUAAUAAGCAUGUCGGGAAACCAAACAACCAUUGAGACAAAUAAGGUUAGAGAUAUGAUAUUUUUAAUAACGUUACUGUAAUAACCAGUGUAGUAUUAUAGGGUGAAUAUUUAAAUACAAUGCGCUAUCAGCUCUUUUGCUGCGAUAUAGCAGCAUUUGAGGGAAGUUAAAUCUCAGUUGCGGCUUUAUCGCACGCUGACUGAUUUUUGUAAAUAAUUCAUCUUCAACACCGGUUUAUCUGGAGAUUAAACAAUGAUAUAAACUAUUUAAAUAUAGAUAUAAACCAUGACAUAAAUAUUCCUGGUGUAUAUUAAAACGGAUUUAUCCAGAGUUCUAGUGUGAAGCCGGUAUAUAAACUAAACCAAAACACAAUACUCAAUACGACAAUAGCACAAUGUCAAUGCAUAAAUACGUCACGCUGGCAAGGCGAUCUGCAAUUAUUAAAACAAAGACAACAAUAUAUAAAAGCAUUUAAAACUUUGUUUACUGCUUUGGUUUGGUUAAAACCACAUCAGUAUAAUCACAAAAUCCUUAUUCUACCAAAAUCUACCAUGAGUUGAUAAAGAUUGAUAAAAUGAAACAAUCUAGUCCUAUGUCAAUACAUUCAUAAACAGUCGGAAGGGUUGGGAUAUGAAUAUAUGAUUCAAGUCAUUAAUGUAAAGUGGCAGUGAUUAAUAUCUAGUCUUUGUCUUCGAGAAACUUCCAACAAUUAGGCACCUGUCAUUGGGACCAUAGAGAUUUUUUUUUGUUUCAAACCUUGCAUGUGUAACUGCAAUAUAACUGCACCAGAUAUCUGUUUGCUCAUCUGGAGGACAUCUGUGAUGCACCUGCAUAUGGCUCCUUGUGAUCCCAGUAGGAAUUUUGCAUUGGUAAAUACUAAGUUUUGAAGAAUUUGUAAGAAAUAUUUGAGGGAACUUACUCAAUGUUUUACACCAAGUCCGUUCGCUUAAACAUUUCUUACAAAUCCUUCAAAACUUAGAAAUUCCUACUGUAUCACAGGGUAAACCAGUCACCUUGUAGGAAAACUUGCUGUCAGUAUAAACCCUUCCUCCUUCGAUGAAAACAAUCGUAUACCUUGCAUUAACUUAAAGACAAACGGGAAAAUGAAGCCAGGCACAAUCUCCCUGGGAAAAUGAAGCCAGGCACAAUCUCCCUGGGAAAACUUUGUGGCAUUUUUUCUCCUUGGAGUAAAUAAAUUAGAGGCAUCGCUGAUACAUAAAGCAUCUGUAUGCACUUCUGAGCCAGUAACUAAGAUCCAUCUUCACUUUUUCUAGUAUCACAAAGUAGAAAACAGCCACAUUCCUGUGAGCAAUAAACCCUCACUUAAAAAAUUUGUGUAUGACUAUUCCUACUGGUCUGUUUCAAAGAAUGAUCAACAUUUUGCUUCUCAAGAACAGGUGAUUAUCAUUCAUUUAUAUAAUUUGUGUCAAUUACAAUAGGCUCUUGGGAUAAAUAGAUGUUUAUUGUUUAAUGAGUUCUGAAACUCAUUGGUAAGUGGAUCUAUUGCCCAAUUGAUAAGGGAUCUGAAGUACCUACCAUUUUAAUGUCCUUACUGAUGUCAAUAUAAAGGUAGCUCUUUCUCCUCAAUUAUUGUAAGAGCUUGAGUAGAGGUCUGACCAAGGAUUAAACCUAAGUCUCCAGCUUGAAAGGCAAGUGUGGUGAGCACGACACCACAAGAGCUGGUUAUACUACAGAUACAGCAGGGAACAUAACAAGUUCUCAUCACUAAUAAAGUAUUUUAUCAAUGAUGAUCACAGGUAUUUCAAGAUCUUGGUACAAUGGUACUAGAUGCUGCAUGUGAAGGUUACAAUGCAUGUGUGUUUGCAUAUGGCCAGACUGGAGCUGGAAAAACAUACACAAUGAUGGGAACACAGGUACACACCUACCACAAACCUGCAGCAGACUUGUAGCAACGUUGUUCCAACAACUGGUCAACAGGAUGUGUUCGCACUGCUUGUUCCCAGCUUGUUGACAACUUGCUACAAGGGUGUUGAGCUCAACAGACUUGUUACAAAUUGUUCCAACAACUUGUUAUCGUCCUGCAAUUCAACAAUUUCUCAACAAGUUGUGAGUGACAACCUUGUAGCAACUUGAUAAAAUAACAGCAUUGUUACAACUUGUUGACAAGCUUGCUACAAGCCUGUUGCAAACAAUCUUGUUGACAAGUUGUGAGAUUUUUACGUGUGUACCAUGAUGUAAUGUUAAUUUUUAUACUUCAGAAUGAUCCUGGUUUAAUUCCAAGAAUAUGUGAGGUGAAGGAUCGAAUUUUUUUGUUAUUUUCUGCAAUGCAACAUUUGUUCUGCUUGAUCUUGAAUUUGUUCCAAUCCAUGAAGUGAAAAACGUUUUGUUAAAAAAUAGUUGACAGAGUUAGGUAUGAAUUUCAAUUUAGGGUUUGUAUAAACAUGGGUCAGUGAACUCCAAUGAUCAAGAGUCAUUUAGAAUGGAAGUCAGGUAUUUACUCAACUCACAUACCUUGCCUUCAGAUGGAAAUUUGCAUAACUUCUUCAUCUUAAAUCGCGCGGUUUUAUAUUACGCAUCUCUAAAAUGUUUGACGCAAAUAUUGAAAAAAACUUAACAAUAUAUAAAUUUAACAAUAUGUAAAUGAAGGCGAAGGAAAUAGACUUUGUUGUAACCUUAAGGCCAAUUUACACUACACAACUUUGGCCUAAAAUUGUUGCAUGCAACCUGUUUACAACUUGAGUUGUACUGUGGAAAUCAAACACACACACGCCUUCGACAACGCAGGUGAGUUGUAUGCUUGAUUUACACAGUACAACUCAAGUUGUAAGCAGGUUGCACGCGACAGUUUUAGGCAAAAGUUGUGCAGUGUAAAUCUACCUUUAAAAAUCUAACUAUGCCACAAAGUUUUCUUUCAUUAUGCAGUAUAUUUAUUAUUUGAUUUUUACCGGUUGAAAUGCGCGAAUUUGAAAGCAAGCUAGUUUAAUCAGGACAGUUUCCGUCGGUGUUAAAUCGUCUUAAAUGACUCUUCCAUUGUGUCGUGCAGUUAUCUAGAGAUCUACAAUGAACAAGUUUUGGAUUUACUUCGUGUUAAUCCAAGUCAGAGAAAACGCGACAUCUUACCAGCCAGAAUGAGAGUACGGGAACAUCCCAAAGAUGGACCCUAUGUGCAAGGUAACAUCACAAUCAAAGUUUCUGUGAUCACAGUAGAAAUUUCGCAUCAGUAAAUUCUACGAAGAAUUUGUAAGAAAUGUUUGAAGGUUUAACACUGAGUUACAGGUAGUUGCCUCAAACAUUUCCUACAAUCUUUCAAAACUUAAAUUUUAUCAUUUACCAACAACGUUUCUUGUUGCAGGUCUGACAAAACACGACGCACCAGAUUAUGCCGCCAUUGAAUCUUUGUUGAACCAAGGCAAUCAACUCAGGUAAA